AUGGAUCACUCCAGAGAUCCCUGCCCUUGGGUCGCCCUGAGCGAUUUCGGUGGUGCCUUUGCUAUGGGUGCUAUCGGUGGUUCCAUCUGGCACGGUGUGAAAGGUUUCCGCAACAGCCCCUACGGUGAGCGCCGGAUAGGCGCUCUCACAGCCAUCAAGGCUCGCGCCCCAGUUCUCGGUGGAAACUUCGGAGUUUGGGGAGGUCUGUUCAGUACCUACGAUUGCGCGAUCAAGGGACUGCGAAAGAAGGAAGACCCUUGGAAUGCCAUUAUCGCUGGUUUCUUCACCGGUGGUUCUCUGGCUAUCCGUGGCGGUGUCAAGGCUGCCCGUAACUCCGCUAUCAUGUGUGCUGUCUUCCUGGCCGUCAUUGAAGGUGUCGGCAUCGGUUUCCAGCGCAUGAUGGCCGAUAACACAAAACUCGAACUUCCUCCUCCACCCCCAUCCGAGGCCAAGGCUCUUGCUUAA